AUGGCCGAUGGGACAGGCCCCGCACUCGGCCUCCCGGCCGAGGCGCUCUUCCUGCAGCAGGCGGCCUCGGCGCUGGCCGCCCUGGAUCGAUGGCUGGCGCUGGACAACGGCGCCGAUGUCCGUCCCCGCGUUGAGUCCCUGAUCACCAUCGGCUACCAGCUGGCCAACACGGCCCUGUGGUACGGCACGGCAACCGCCGCCUCCGGCGCGGUGAGUCUUGCCCAGCCGGACAUCAGCCCCCUUUACUCAGACGCCAUCGCCUCGGAGCUGCUGGUCUACAAAACCGGCCGCCUGAGUCGGCUCCUGAUCGGCCUCCGCAACACCCUCUCCGAGAUGAUGGCCAUCCAGCGGAGCUUGCGCUUGUCCCUCAGCGCGUGCCAGCACCAUGCCCUGGAUGUGACCCUCCGGGCGGACGCCGAUCCCGAGGUCCGCGCCUUCCGGAGCAGCACCCUGAGCCCGGUGCUGGCAUCGCUGGAGCGUGCGGCUGCCGUGCUGUUUGCCCUGAUCCCCCAGCGCCGGGGCUUCCUGGACACCAUCCCCCAACGGGUGGGGGCCCUGGCGCAACGAGCCGGUGCCCAGCCCUCGGCCGUGGCCUCCUUCGACUGGGCACCCCUGCCGGCGGUGGAAGAUGGCAAUGAUCUGUCCCCCGAUGGGGGGACCGCCAGCGCCGAGGCAGCGGCCCUGGACCCGCGCCUGCUGCACCCGAAGGCCCCGGACGAUGGGGGCCUCGGUGUGGCGCCAUGGCUCCCCCUGCCACGAGUCCUGGUCGACGAGCUCCGAACAGCCCUCCAGCAUGCGAGCGACACAUUGGCCUAG